AUGGCCUCGGUCCUCGGAAAGCGCAAGGCGCCCUCUGCGUCGACAAUCACCAAGACGAGCAAGCCAAAUACAACGGCGGCAUCAAGCAAGACUGUUUCGCCGGCAUCGAAGAAGAAGAAGAAGACGAAGAGCGCCGAAGGUCUCGAGAAAUCCUCGGCCGCCGCACCAGCGACGAAGAAAACGGCCACCAAGAAGACAAAGGCGAGAAAGGCUGAAGAGAAGGACGAAGAGGAGGGGGAUACAUCCAUGCUGGACGCGCAAGAGAUUUUCAGACGGCAUUUUGAGGCGCAGUUUAAGCCGAUUGAGGAGAAGAGCGCGCCGAAGCGGAAGAAGAGCAAGGCCAAGGCCGAAGAGGAGGACGAGGAGGAAGAGGAGAACGAGGAGGACAGCGCGAGCGGAAGCGACGAGGGUGCGGGCGACGACGAAGAAGAUGUUUUUGAGGACGAGGGUGCCGAUGGCGAGGAGGGGGAGGGGGAGGAGUGGAGUGGUCUUUCUGGCGACGAGGAAGACGACUACGACGAGGACAGCGACAUCCCCUACGACGAUAUCGACGAGAACCCCGUCAUCGAGGUGGUAGACCACACCAAAUCCAACGCCCCGCCCGUCGUCAGCAUGAGCAAGCGCGAACUCAAGGCCUUUAUGUCCUCCAAACCCCCCUCCCAAACAGACCCCUCUCCAACCUCCCUCACAGCCGCCCAAACCCCAGACGACCCAGACGACGAAAACGACAAGUCCAUGCUCGCAAACGACCUCGCCCUCCAACGCCUCCUCUCCGAAUCCCACCUCCUCGCCCGCCACGCCGUCUCCCCCUUCUCCAACACCUCCUCCUCCAACUCGCCGGCCUCGAAAUCCUUUUCCGAGGGAAAACUCCGCCAGCGCCAGACGGACCUGCGCACGCGGUCCCUCGCCGGCGCGCAGGGUGUAUCCGGCGUGAAAUCAAUCUUUGUGCAAGAAAAGAUGCCGAUGGCGAUGCGCAAGGGCAUCGUCGCCAGCACGGCCAAGCGCGAGGAGAAGCGCAGGAAGACGGCGCGGGAGAACGGAAUCGUGUUGGAGAGGGAGGCGCCCAAGAAGGCGACGAAGAAGGAGAGCGGCGGUGGUAGGUUUGGACAGAGGGGGCUCGAUGGGCUUGAUGUUGGGCGGAUGAGGGGUGCUGAGCUGAGGUUGAGCGAGAGGGAUGUUCAGAAUAUCGAGGGGGGCGGCGGUCGUAGUGGUGGACGUGGAGGUCGGGGCGGAAGGGGAGGGAGAGCUGGUGGUGGUAGGGGAGGCCGCGGGAGAAGGUAG